AUGACCUCUCGCGCCCACCUUGUGAUUAAGCGCGAAUGCCUUCAUUGCCAGGACUGCGAAAGGCGGUCUGAUUGGGACUUCCUUCGAGACUUCUUUGCGCGAGAGGAGCGCUUGGUCGGGUACGCCAGAGGUCUCGAAUAUCAGGUUCGAAAUCUUCAUCUCGCCCUCGCACGAGGUGCACAAGACGUGCAAGCCGCCACACAUGCUUGUAACGAUCUAGCACGUCAGCUUGAAGAGAUACGGAAUGUGCACACUGCCACGCAGGCAGAGCUCGCUCUGAAGGAUGACCGUCUGAACGACUUCGAGUUGGACCUACAGGACAGGCGACGGCAGCUAGUCGAGUACCAGUCGGAGAGCGCCAAGGAUCGCGAAAUGAUCACGAAGAUGAAGCAAUUUCUGAGUGAUUUCAUCCACGGAAACGUCGAGGAUGUCCUUGACUCCUUAGAGGAGUGCGAGGAGGUGUUGGAUGCCUUGGGGGAAGAGAAACAGGAGCGAGCAGCAUCCUCUGAAAGGGAGCCGCGCCAAUCUCUCAGAGAUGAAGGGAGCGAAUGA